CCAGAGCUCGGACAGCGGCGCCGCCCACGGGCAUGGACGGUGGUAGUAGCCGCAACUGCUGCAGCAAUCCGUCUUCUGGCCUGCGUCCGAAAGGGGAGCUACGGCCCAAGUGUGAUGUUUUAGGCUUGAACGGCAGCUCCCUAGACAGGUAGGGAGGACCUCACUGCAGAGCCGGUUCGCAGAUCUUCUCAGGACCCCUGCUCCAGCCCCAGACCAAGGCCAUGGCCCCUGAGGCGAGCCCAGAGAGAAGCUGCUCCCUCCACAGCUGCCCCCUGGAGGACCCUUCUGGCUCUUCAGGACCUGCACCGACAUCCACCCUCCAGGCUCUAGAUCCAUCGGGCCCAUUAGGCCCGGGUCAUUUUGCCUAUCCUCGAGCACCACAAGAAUAUCAAGAAGGUAGCUCGUUACUAGGGACUGGAGACCAGGCAGCUCUGUGCACCCAUGGCUCUAAUCGAAGCCCUUCCCCAGCCUCUUCCCAGCGUGAUGGGGUCUGGAAGCCACCUUCUGUGCAGCGGCACGUGGUCAGCGUCAGGCAGGAACGGGCCUUUCGGAUGCCAAAGAGCUACUCCCAGCUGAUUGCUGAGUGGCCGGUGGCCGUGCUGCUGGUGUGUCUGGCAGUCAUCCUCCUCUGCAUGCUGGCUGGACUGCUGGGGAGUCAGCUGCCUGAUUUCUCCAAUCCUUUACUGGGCUUCGAGCCUCGGGACACAGACAUUGGACGGAAGCUAGAGGUCUGGAAAGCACUGCAGGCCCUCACGGGCCCCAAGAAGCUGCUUUCCCUUUCCCCAGACCUUGAGCCGAACAGCUCCAACUCCUUCGGCACUCUGAGCCCUGUAGCCUGGGGCAGGGCCCAGGAGAGCCUGGUUCGGGCACGCAGGAUGGUGGAACCCAUGGAAGACAAAGGGCAGGACAGCUUCUUCUGCGGCGCCCCUGAUAAGAGCUAUGCAAAGCUGGUGUUCGUGUCCACCUCAGGAGGCAGCCUGUGGAACUUGCAUGCCAUCCAUUCCAUGUGCCGGAUGGAACAGGAGCAGAUCCGCUCCCACCCCCGCUUUGGGGCUGUGUGCCAGCGUACAGCAACCAAUGAGUGCUGCCCCAGCUGGUCCCUGGGCAACUACCUGGCUGUGCUCUCCAAUCGCUCCUCCUGCCUGGACACCACCCCAGGAGAUGCAGCCCGUGUGCUGGCCCUGCUUCGGUCUUGCGCCCCCUACUACCAUCGCGGCGUCCUGGUACCCUCUUGUCUGGGACCUGGGCAGAACAAGUCUCCACACUGUGCCCAAGUUCCCACUAAGUGCUCCCGGAGCAGUGCCGUCUACCAACUCUUGCAUUUUAUGCUAGACAGGGACUUUCUCAGCCCCCAGACUGCCGACUACCAAGUGCCCUCCCUCAAAUUCAGCCUGCUCUUCUUGCCCACCGUGAAGGGGCCUUCCAUGAUGGACAUCUACUUGGAUGGCCUAGCUGAGCCCCGGCUAGUUUCUGACAACUACACAUCCAUCAGCGGCAUGGACCUGGGCAUCAAGCAGGAGCUGCUGAAGCACUACCUGGCCCUGGACACAAUGUACCCGCUGCUUGCGCUGGCUGCCAUCUUCUUCAGCAUCACACUCUACCUGCGUUCGCUCUUCAUCACCAUCAUGGUGUUGGUGGGCGUGCUGGGCUCUCUCCUGGUGGCCUUCUUUCUCUACCACGUGGUCUUCCGCAUGGCCUACUUUCCCUUCGUUAACCUGGCAGCCGUGGUCCUGCUCAGCGGCGUCUGCGUUAACCACACCCUCAUUUUUUUCGACCUGUGGCGCCUCAGCAAGAGCCAGGUGCCCUCCGGGGGGUUGGCACAGCGCGUGGCCCGCACCAUGCACCACUUCGGCUACCUGGUGCUGGUAUCUGGCCUCACCACCGGCGCCGCCUUCUACGGCAGCUACCUGAGCCGCUUGCCCACGGUGCGCUGCUUCGCUAUCUUCAUGGGCACGGCAGUGCUGGUGCACAUGGCGCUCACACUGGCUUGGCUGCCAGCCUCUGCCGUGCUGCAGGAGCGCUACCUGGCGCGGGGCUGCGUGCCCAGGGCGCAGGGCCCGCGCGGUGGCAGCGACCCCUGGCGGCUAUUGCUGGCGGUGCACCGGCGGCUGCGUGGUUUCCGCAGGGCCGCCGCCAUCCUCUCUCGCUUGCUCUUCCAGCGCCUGCUGCCCUGUGGCGUCAUCAAAUUUCGCUACAUCUGGAUCUGCUCGUUCGCCGCGCUGGCGGCAGGGGGCGCCUACAUCGGUGGCGUCAGCCCGCGCCUGCAGCUGCCUAUCCUGCUGCCGGCUGGCGGGCAGGUCUUCCGGCCCAGUCACCCAUUCGAGCGCUUCGACGCCGAGUACCGCCAGCAGUUCCUGUUCGAGCAGCUGCCUGCGGAUGAGGGGGGACACUUGCCGGUGGUCCUGGUGUGGGGGGUGCUGCCGGUAGACACAAGCGAUCCGCUGGACCCGCGCAGCAACAGCUCCUUGGUGAGCGACCCCGACUUCAUGCCCAGCAGCCCUGAAGCCCAGCAGUGGCUGCUGUCCCUGUGUCACGGAGCCCGCAAUCAGAGCUUCUUUGGCUCGCAGCCACAGGGCUGGCCCACGCUGUGCUUCGUGGAGGCUCUGCAGCAGUGGAUGGAGAGGCCGGCCUGUGCCCGCCAGGGGGCCGACCUCUGCUGCGGCCAGGCCGAUUUCCCCUGGGCCCCAGAACUUUUUCUGCACUGCCUCAAGAUGAUGGCCCUGGAGCAAGGUCCCGAUGGCACCCGCGACCUUGGACUCCGCUUUAAUACCCACGGUAAUCUGGCUGCACUGGUUCUGCAGUUCCAGACCAACUUUCCCUAUAGUCCUGACUAUGGCCAAAUCCACCACUUCUACACCGAGGUCAGCCGCUGGCUGGCAGCUGAGCUGGGCAGGGCCCCUCCAGGCCUUCGCCAAGGGUGGUUCACCAGCCGUCUGGAGCUGUACAGUCUACAGCACAGCCUGAGCACCGAGCCUGCUGUGGUGCUAGGCCUGGCUCUGGCUCUGGCCUUUGCCACACUACUGCUGGGCACCUGGAAUGUCCCCCUCAGCCUGUUCUCUGUGGCAGCUGUGGCAGGCACCGUGCUGCUCACCGUGGGACUCCUUGUUCUGCUUGAGUGGCAGCUCAACACUGCCGAGGCCCUCUUUCUGUCUGCCUCUGUGGGCCUCUCUGUGGACUUCACUGUCAACUACUGCAUCUCCUACCACCUGUGCCCACACCCAGACCGCCUGAGCCGCGUGGCCUUCUCCCUGCGUCAGACUAGCCGCGCCACAGCAGUGGGGACAGUGGCCCUAUUUGCAUCUGGUGUGCUCAUGCUUCCUGCGACGGUGCUGCUAUAUCGAAAGCUGGGCAUCAUACUCAUGAUGGUCAAGUUCGUCAGCUGUGGCUUUGCCAGCUUCUUCUUCCAGUCCCUGUGCUGUUUCUUUGGACCAGAGAAGAACUGUGGACAGAUCCUCUGGCCCUGUGCACACCUGCCCUGGGAUGCUGGAACUGAGGAUCCUGAAGAGGAAAAGGCACGAUCUGGGCCAGUGGCUCCUGGUACCUGCUCAGAGCAUUAUGAGCUUCAGCCACUGGCACGGCACCGGAGCCCCAGCUUUGAUACCAGCACAGCCACCAGCAAGCUGUCCCACCGGCCCUCAGUCCUCUCAGAGGAUCUGCAGCUGCAUGAUGGUAACUGCUGUGCUCGGCCUCCCAUUGCCCCAGCGUCCCCGAGGGAUCUGCUCCUGGAUCACCAGGCAGUCUUCAGCCAAUGCCCAGCUCUGCAGACCUCCUCCCCCUACAAGCAGUCUUGCCCCAACCCCAAAACCUGGGUCAACCAGAACUCCCAAGGACAGGAGGCCGAACCCCUGCAGGCUUUACCCGAAGUUCCAGCCCAUUCCCCUAAGCCUCAGGCUGAAGAGCUUCCUGAUGGCCUAUCUUCCUCAGCCAGCACCCUGGAGGGACUCAGCGUCUCUGAUGACACCUGCCUAAGCACCUCGGAACCCAGCGCACGUGUACCAGAUUCCAUGGGCGCCUCCCCAGAAGAUCUGGAUGACAUUGGGAAGCCAGUUCCUGAACGGGGCCAGCUGAAUGGGAAGCGUGACACUCUGUGGCUGGCGCUGAAGGAAACCGUGUACGACCCAACACUGCCCAACUCCCACCAGAGCACCUCCUCCUGGAAGGGCCGUGGGGGCCCAGAUGGUAGCCCUGUGGUACUGCCCAACAGCCAGCCAGAUCUCCCAGAUGUUUGGCUCCGCAGGCCGAGCACCCACACCUCAGGCUACAGUAGCUGAGGGAGGCCAGACCUGGGUGCAGAACCCUGUCGGUGAUGAUAAGGCAGGGGCAGCACCGCCUGGAGCCUGAAGGUAUUUCCCCGAAUCAACAUGGAGAAGCCUCGCCCUCCAACUGUGAAUUUAAGACCCUGCCAGAAGUUCCAGCCUUGAUCUGUCUGCUACUUGCCCCUUACAUCUGGAGGAUUCAAUGGGGAGAGCUUUUGGAAGGAACACCAGGGCUUGCCUGCCCCCAUGGUGCCAACAAGGACCCCCUCCUCUGGGAUGGGGGAGGCCAGAUGUGCAGCUCCAGCCGUUAGGAAGGCUGACCUGACCCUAUACACCUGGAAAGACGUUCAGUGACUGUAAGGUGCCCUGCCCUGGGAUCCUGCCAGGGUACCUCGCUGACCAGAAGCACCCUCAGAACCUCUGCAGUCCCUUAGAUCUCAUCCCUCUCAGAAUGCUUCUCGCUCUUCAGGGAGGAUCUCUGGAUCAGAAUUGGGCUACAGCUUCGGUCCUGAAUGGCCUUGUUCUGCUCACACUCAAUGGUCUGACCAACAGUUCUUCAAGGCCGGCUGGCAGAAAUGGCUGUGGGGAGAGAGGCAGGAGAAGGAGGAUGGUCAUCCUCACAGCAUCCCAGAAGUGCAAGAUCCCUCUUUGGAAGCAGGCUCCAGCGCUCUCCCCUGUUGAUAAACAGGAAUCAUCUUUCCAUCCAUGCACCUGUUGGUCUCCUUGGACUCUCACUACUUCACUACAGGGUGACCUGCAGUUGGUCAGGUUCAUUUACCCCCAAUUUGCAGGUAAAGACAUUGAGACUAAGACUGACUGAUUUAUCCAAAGUCAUAUCACCUGUCAAAGGCAGAGUAAUUUCUUAGUCCAUUCUACCACCGACAUUCCAAGCUUUCCUCCUGGCUACCUUGAUCCUUUGUUCCUCUCAUCCUCCUCCUCCUUUGAUGUGUCUUUGUGAAUCCUGCCUCCUCUCUGGGCCUCUCUGUCCCUAGAGAGAGCUGUACUCUGAGCCGACCCUAGAGUUCUUUCCUGUUCUCCCCUUCUCUGUGCUUUCCUCUGGAAUCCUCAGACAUCUCCCCACCGUGGGGCAGUGGGACCGGUCUGACUCUCCAGCUCCCCCAUGGUCACAGGAUGUGGAGCGGUCCUGAGGGUGGAAAGAUGGAGCAGAAUCCAGUUAAGGUAGGAACUCAGACCUGCCCUUUGAGGGAGUGGUUCUGAAGUUGCUCCCCAAAUCAGGUCCCCAGUUUCCUAAGGAUGCGUCUCUCUGUGAGUUAUUCAGCAGACUGAAACUUGGCUUUCCUUCCCUUACACAGUCUGUCCUGAAGUUCCUUCCAUGCAGGAGCUGAUGACACUAGGUAGCAUCACAAAAUUUGGCCUCACUGGGAAACUGAAUGUGGAAGGAGAAUCAAACGCCCACCCUCAUAAGUACCUUCUGUUUGGGAAAACAGGUUAUAUGCACAGGCAGACAUCGUUGGGCUCAGUACCUCCAAAAGAGGUGACAGAGGCUCCUGAAGCAGGAAUGACUUUGAGGUAGGCAAAGGAAGACCAAGCAUCUCAGACUAGAAGGGAGCAGCAGCAGGACCAUCAGAGGUUCACACAUGUUAUAGCCUAAGGACCCUCCCUCCCAAGACCCUUGUGUGCAAGCCCAACAUGUGCAACAGAUAAGCUUGAGCUACUCUGAUGGUGCAGGUGAGAGACAGCCAGCCCAGCCUCCCUUUCUACUGCAGCUCUCUGUGGGCUUUGCAGAACUCCUCAGACUCUGGCAGCCCGCAGGAUGCAGCAUGAAAACCACUGAUUCGCUGAUUAUGAGAGAAGGAAAGGGAUUUUUCCAGGGCCAGACAGUCUGGGGAAAAGGUGGAGGUAAAUCAGACAGUGUUCUUGUUCUACUCUGUCCUGUUGAGACCUGCCUUCCACCCCAGUCUGUGCAAGGUGGAGCAGGACCCAAAUGAAACAGAUGUAAGAAUUGUGAAGAGGGGUUGGGGACUUAGCUCAGUGACUUAAGUGCCACUGGCAAGUGCAAGGUCAUUAGUUCGAUCUCUGGCACCAAAAAAAAAAAAAAAAAAAAAAAAAGGGAAAGAGAGGUCAGUACAGUACAGUACUGCAGAGAAAUGGUUCCACCAAAAUCCAAGGAUGCUCAAGUCCCUUGUGUAUAAUCGUGCAUUUGCAUAUAUCCUACACAUAUCCUCUCAUAUACUUUAAAUUGUCUCUAGAUUACUUAUGAUAUGUAAUAUGAUAUAUAUGCUGUGUAAAUCGUUGUUAUACUGUACUGUGUUUAGGUAAUUAUGACAAGAAAAAAAGUCUGUAUGUGUUCA